GACUUAAGGUGUUAUCUUGCAUUUCUUCAUGUUUAAAGAUCAUUUAAUUUCUAUUAUUUGUGGGGGACUUUUAUUUUGAAAGGAAAUCCGUUUUUCAGAGCAGAAAAUAAAUGAGAGAGCAGAAGGUAAAGCGGACGUUUCAUAACAGUUUAACUAGAGCUCGUACUGAAAAGGACUGUUUACAAGUUUAAUCAGCAACCCCCCGAAAAGGCAUAAGCUCUUACGGUGAUUUCAAGAGUAAAGGAAUGUAAAUAAAGCAACUUGAAACAUCAGUAAAGUUUCGGCCAUCAUUCGGAUGGGGUCUGCUACAGUAAGAGCUUCACCUUCGCUGAUUAAGAUCCUCGCGGCAGGCGCAGGCGGACGGAUAUAACGCGACGACGGAAAGGGCAUUGCAGUGAGUUAUAAUCAGCAUAGAGCGUGAUGGUCUACGGAGCUGAGACGUAAAAGGGUACGAGUUCAAUAUGGAAAUGGAUGAAGAUGACCAAGAAUCUGAGAGGCCGCUCCAAAUGGAAAAUGAAGGUAAUAUGGAAACAGAUAUAAAAGGAGCAAUUGAACAAAAAGACAAAAAUACAUCAGAAGAACAGUGUCAUGUACAAGAGAGCACAGAACUCCCUCGACGUUCAGAACGUUCUCGUAUACCAACAGAGAAAAUGCUUGCUUAUCAAAAAGAGGAAUGUAGAAAGAAAGAAAAAAAAUUAACUACUUUGUAUGAACAAUGGAAGUUAGAUGCUCGUAAAGCAAGGCAGGAUUUAAAAACUGACAUAUCUGACAAGCAGCUUGCAGAUAUCGCUGAUUCACUUGAGGAUAAAAGGAAUGGUAUCAUGAAAAUCUUCAUCGAUAUAAGGGAAUUUAUUACUCCUGCUGCUGACUUAAGACGUAAAAUCGAUGCAUGUGAUGCUGUGACCAAUGACAUUGUCAAAAUAGUGUUGGAAAAAAUAUCAAAUGUAGAUGAUGAGUAUGAUGCAGAAAGAGAAAGGGGGCGUCUAAGUGAACUUUUAGCACACAGUUACGCUCGCUCUAUAUUUGGUUCCAGUGCUUCACUAAUGAGUGUCAACAGCCAUUCUGGAUCCUCUCGUACAGCAAGAAAACGAGCAGACGCUGCAGCAGAGCUGGCUGCAAAGGAGGCUGAAUACAAGAUGAUGCAAGCAGAAAGGCAACAAAAGGAAAAAUUAAGAAAUAUAGAAGAGCAAUUCAAAAAAGAGUUAGAAACUCAAAGGUUUGAACUGGAAUGUUUGCAAGUAGAAAAGGAUAUAGAGGUUGCUCGUGCCAGAGUAAAAUCCUAUGAUGAAGAAAUAAAGGAGGAAACAAGAAAUCAGUCAAUAAAAAGUGAAAAGCAGGGGCCGACAAAUGAAAGGCAGCUUCAGGAAUCUUAUGUUCUUCAGUCAGCAUCGCUCAGUGAAGUGUCUCACCUUGCUCAAGCAGUUCAGGACAGCAUAGCCAUAAACAGGUUACCCCUACCUGAGCCUACAGUGUUCAACGGAGACCCAAUACAGUUUGUGGAAUGGAAGUCAUCAUUUAUGUUAUUAAUAGGUAAAAAGGGCAUUUCAGCAGCUGACAAGCUUUAUUAUUUGAAAAAGUAUGUGAGUGGCUCAGCGCAUAGGUAUCUUGAGGGCACCUUUUAUCGAAAUGAUGAAGAAGCGUACAAAGACGCUUGGGACAAGCUUAAUAAAAGGUACGGCCAGCCCUUUGUUAUACAAAGAGCGUUUAGAGAAAAGCUGUCUAAGUGGCCUAAAAUACAGUCCAAAGACGCAGAAGGUUUGAGAACAUUUUCAGACUUUUUAAAUGCAUGUUUGCAAGCCAUACCACAUGUAAAAGGUCUGGAAAUAUUAAAUGACUGUGAAGAAAACCAGAAGCUGGUGCAAAAACUACCUGACUGGGUAGCUUCCAGAUGGAACCGUCAGGUCACAAAAACCCUUAUGGAUGACAAAGAGUUUCCAAGUUUCCAUGACUUUGUCAAUUUCAUGACAACAGAAGCAGAAAUUAUGUGUAAUCCCAUCACUUCUUUACAUGCUCUUCAUUCAUGCGAGUCACCUUAUGAGAGAAGAAUGUCAAAGGAAACUAAAAGAAGUAAAGCAAUUGUUUUUAAGACACAAACAAGUGUAAACAAUGACACACAAUCAACAGUCAAAGGAAAGUUUACAGUGACUAAAACACAGUGUAUGUUGUGUCAGGAUGACAGUCAUCAACUUCAUAAGUGUCUGAAAUUCAUGGAGAAGUCUCUGAAAGACAGAAGAGCCUAUGUGAAAGAUAACAAACUCUGCUACGGGUGUUUAAAAUCGUCCCACCAUGCUAAGGAGUGUCGUCGUCGACACACAUGUGAUGUAUGCAAGUUACGACAUCCCACAUGUCUUCAUGAUUACAAUUAUGACAAGGACGGAAUCAGAGAACGACCAUUGCCCAUGGUAAGCAAUGUGCAUGCAACUGAAAGUGAAACUACUAAUGCCAUGUCACUUAAUAUCACAAGAGAAAGUCAGUCAGUCAUUACAUCGAUGAUCGUACCAGUAUGGGUGUCUUCAGUUAAAAAUCCAUCCAACGAACAGCUUGUGUAUGCAUUGCUAGAUACACAGAGUGACACUACAUUUAUUGAUGAAGACAUUAGUAAUACACUGCAAGUAGAGAGUCACCCAGUGAAACUCAAACUAACCACCAUGAUGGGAGACAAUGAGAUUAUUAGAAGCAAUCGAGUAACGGAUCUUCAAGUGAGAGGGUACAGUUCCUCAGUACAUAUCAGUCUUCCUCCUGUAUACACAAAGGAGUGUAUUCCAGCUAAUUAUGAUCACAUACCAACACAGAAAACGGCAAUGAACUGGAGUCACUUGAAAGGAAUUGCUGACGAAAUGGCACCUCUACUCAAUUGUGAAGUAGGCUUACUACUUGGCUAUAACUGCCCUAGAGUGCUAGCUCCAAGACAAGUCAUACUAGGUAAAAAUGAGGAACCAUAUGCAAUUUUAACAGAUUUAGGGUGGAGUAUUGUGGGCUGCUCCAUACCAAGUAUCAAUGAAUCAACAGGGUUCAGUCUUUGUCAAAGGAUAGCUACAAAGGAGAUACCAGCUAUGACACCUGGGGAUGCAGUCCGUAUACUUGAAUCAGACUUUAAGGACAUCACAGUAAAUGACAAGACAGUCUCUCAAGAGGACAUCAUGUUCCUAGACAAACUUUAAGUAGGAAUAAAGAAAAAUUAUC